AUGCUAGUCCAUUUGCAGUUGAUCCUUGUGAGAUUGUUGUACAGCAGAAUUGCCACGGGGCUGGGGGUUAUUCUGGGGUUUCUGGUCUUCGCAUAUAUCACGCAUAAUAGAUUCUUUCAUCCCCUUCGCCGCAUACCUGGUCCAUUCCUGGCAGGGAUCACCCCCUGGGUGCAGUUGUAUCACGGAAUCAAAGGCGACCGUCAUCUAUGGCUUCAUGGUCUUCAUAAACAGUAUGGAUCUCAUGUGCGUGUGGCACCGAACUUCGUCUCCGUUAAUACCGAACGGGGACUCCAUGACAUCUAUGGCCACGGAAAAAGAAUAAAGAAGGCCGACUUCUACAACGCUUUUCCCGCAAUCAAGGGUGUGUAUAACACACACAAUGUCAUUGAUAAAUUUGUGCACGGGCAAAAGAGAAGGGUUCUCAGCCAGGCAUUCUCAGAUAAUGCCCUCAAGGCGAUGGAAGAUGUGAUGCUUUUGCAUGUGAGGCAGCUCUGCGCCGCCUUGGCGGGAGAGGACAGCCAGCAGCAUCAGAAGGAGGGUAACACAGUCUGGAACAUGGCGGACUGGUUCAGUUACCUCACGUAUGACGUGAUGGGUGAGCUAUGUUUUGGGAAGAGUUUCAACAUGCUGGUUUCCAGUGGUAGGAGAGAGGUGAUUCGCUUGGUGGACAGAGCCGCAAACCGACACUAUGUGUGCGGUCUCUGGAUGCCUCUGGAUAGGUGGCACCUGGACCAGAUCUUUAUCCGACGGCUCACUCGCGACCGAUGGAAUUUCAUCAUGAACUCGCGCGUCGAGGCCAACGAACGAGCCAAAGAACGCACCCAGGCCGGCCACGACGCCAAAAAGGACUUCUUCUACUACCUUUUAAAUGCCAAGGACCCUGAGACGGGCAAGGGCCUCACGACCCCUGAACUCUGGGGUGAAGCCAAUGUAUUGAUGAUAGCAGGCAGUGAUACAACCUCGACCACGCUGGCAGCGACCAUCUUCUACCUUGUGCGGAAUAUACGGAGGAUGAACCAGCUUAAGAAGGAGGUCCGGGAGAGCUUCAAUGCUGUGGAAGAGAUCGUAAGUGGCGUCAAGCUGAACAAUCUGGUCUAUCUCAAAGCAUGUAUCGACGAAGCUCUGCGCCUGGCUCCUGCUGUCCCCGGUGCGAUUCCGCGGGAGGUGAUGGAGGGGGGAGCCAUGGUUGACGGAGUAUUCUUGCCUGCGGGAACAGAUUGUGGGACUCCGACCUACUCCAUCCAUCGACAGGCGCGGUACUACCGAGAGCCGGAAUCGUAUAUCCCUGAACGAUGGAUUGAGGGGAGUAUAUGCCAGGCUAGCACGGACUCAUGGAAGACCACUCAUGAUGAAGUUGAGAUAGCACGAAGGGCAUUCUGUCCAUUCAGUAUUGGACCACGAGGCUGUAUCGGGAAGAGCAUGGCGAUGAUGGAGUUGCGGUUGACCAUCGCCAGAAUAAUGUUUCUCUUUGACAUUGAACUGGCCAACCGCGAAGGAGAAGACACUGGGGGUCAUUUGGCGCUGAUUGACCACUUCACAAGUGCAAAGACUGGGCCGAAUGUUGUAGUUCGCAAAAGGAGUGUUCCGGUGGUGUAG